AUGUCGGAGUCACUGAGGAAGUCUGGCUCCAGCGAAAUGUUUUCUUUCCUGACCUCGCUGUUGGAAAGCAUCGAUAAGGAUUGGACUCCUGAUGACUAUGAAUACUAUGAAUAUUAUGACUACGAAACAUCUUCAAAUAAUGUAACUGAGAAUCAAAGUUAUGCUAAUUGGAUUUCUACAGAAGGUCCAUGUCAGCCUAAUCCUUGUCUGCAUGGCGGUGAUUGUGUUAUAAAUGGAGACAACUUCACAUGUGAUUGUCCUGCCCCAUUCACUGGGGUGAAAUGCCAAACUGUACUCAACCCAUGCCAGAAUAAUCGUUGUGGCAAAGGAGAAUGUCUUGUUAUCCGGACUCCACCCUAUUACAAAUGUGCCUGCCACCAUCCAUAUAAGGGUCCAAAUUGCUCAAAAGUCAAUCCAGCAUGUAGACCAAAUCCCUGCAAAAAUGGAGGUGUCUGCAGGCGGAACAGGCGGAGAUCCAAGUUUACAUGUAGCUGCCCUGAUGGAUUCAAGGGGAAAUUCUGUGAAAUAGGUCCUGAUGACUGUUAUGAAGGCAAUGGCCUCAACUACCGGGGGAAAGUCAGUAAGACAAUUAGCCACCUCACUUGUCUUCACUGGAACUCUUACCUACUCUUAGAGGAGGCUUAUAACAUAUUUAUGGAAGAUGCCAAGAAACAUGAUAUUGGUGAACACAACUACUGCAGGAAUCCAGAUGGUGACAAAAGUCCUUGGUGCUUUGCUAAAUUGGACAAGAACACAGUGAUUUGGGAAUUCUGUGAUGUCACUCCUUGCUCAUCCUCAGAUGUCUCCGAGUCCCCAUGGAAGCCUAUUGAUCUCUCUGUUUCAAAUCAAAUGUUCAGCACCUGUGGGAUGCCAGAGCUAGAUGCAAAAAUCAAAAGGAUCUAUGGAGGUCUCAAGAGUACUCCGGGGAAACACCCCUGGCAGGCAUCUCUCCAACUGACUUCACCACAGACGAUCUCAUCACCGAAAGGGCACUUGUGUGGAGGCAUACUCAUUGAGCCCUGUUGGGUUGUCACUGCUGCACACUGCGUAAUGUUAAAAGCCAAGGAGUUACGAGUUGUUCUUGGUGAUCAAGACCUGAUUAAACCUGAAUCCAAUGAACAGACAUUUAAGGUGGAGAAGAUAUUUUCCCACCCAGAUUAUUAUGAUGACAGCCAGGUUCCCUAUAAUGAUAUUGCUUUGCUUAAAUUAAAGUCAGUGAAUGGUCACUGUGCUCAAGAAACUAAAUAUGUAAAGACAGUAUGCUUAUCUGAGGAAUCAUUUCCUACUGGGACAGAAUGCUACAUUUCUGGAUGGGGAAUGACAUCAACAGGAAAAGCAUCUCGACAUCUCCUGGAUGCUAACGUCAUACUGAUCUCCAAAUCUCGUUGUAAUGCACCUGACCAAUAUGAUAACUUGAUUGAUGACACCAUGAUCUGUGCAGGCACACAGGGGACGGACUCCUGCCAAGGUGAUUCUGGUGGCCCUUUAACCUGUGAAAGGGAUGGCAAAUAUUAUCUCUAUGGGGUUGUGAGCUGGGGCUUUCGAUGUGGGAAAAAACCAGGAGUCUAUACUCUAGUGCCCAAGUUCCACAGCUGGAUCAAAGAUACCAUUCGUGAAGAAUCUGAAUUAUAUAGAUGGUUCCUGAACCAGUAG